UAUUCUCUGCAGACUCCCAAAUUUACACAUUAUUACACCCAUAAAAUUUAAAGAAAAUAUACACAACAACAACUAUAUCUAUAUAUGUAUGUAUUUGUAUAUCGAGUGUAUAUGUAAUCAAGUUCACCCUAGAAAUUCGUUAAUUUUCCAAUUGUGAUUUUUUUCUCGGUUUCAGUCGACAUAUAUGGAGGCGGUCAUGGAUGAGCAAGCACCAAUCCAUGCCCAAGGGCAAGGCGUUUCUCCUCCGCCGCCGCCGCCACCGCCCCCGCCGCCGGUGCCGGAAUCUCAGUCUCAGGGCGGAGACGAUGGGGAAGAGGAGGAAGAGGAAGCGAAGAAUGAAGACGACGAAUUGAUUGCCAAGGCUCAGAAGCUCAUGGAGAAAAUUACUUCGUCGCCUGAUAACCCUAACCCUACCGUCCUCCACGCCCUCGCCUCACUUUUCGAAACUCAAGAGUCUCGAUUCAUGGAAGAGAAUGGUCAUGCCUCCAGCAAUAACCGUGCUUCUCAUAAUAUUGGACGGCUAGGAACCUUAGUUAGGGACAAUGAUGAUUUUUAUGAAUUGAUUUCUUCAACGUAUCUAUCAGAAACAAGAUACUCUGUCUCUGUCCAGGCAGCCGUUGCAAGGCUUCUUCUUAGCUGUUCAGUAACAUGGAUUUCUCCUCACAUGUUUGACGAAACAGUAAUCGACAAUAUCAAACAUAAAGUGAUGGAUGAGACCGCCAGCUUUUCAAGUGAUGACCACAACUCAAGGCGUGAUUUUGGGAGAAAGGAGGCCUUAGAUUCUGAAAUGUUGAAGACCUAUUCAACAGGACUCCUUGCUUAUUUUCUUGCUGGUGGAGGUCAAAUUGUGGAAGAUGUUUUAACAUCUAGAUUAUCUGCCAAGCUUAUGCGUUAUCUUCGUGUCCGAGUCCUGGGAGAGGCAAGUACCAUUCAGAAAGAUUCGGGUCACUUAACCGAAAGUAAGAAUGCUUCUAGUGCUAUCUGCAUAAGAAGUAGAGAUGAAAGUCGGAGCAAGGCUCGGCAGGUUUUGGAAGCUACUCACUUUGACGACUCAAGAAUUACAGAUGAAAAAUCUUUAGAUGAUCAAAGUGUAGAGAGGGAUAAGGAAGGAAGCAUGUGUCGUCAAACAUUUGGAGAAGACUGUUGGGUUGAUGGUGGAGAACCACCUGAUGGUGGUGAUGAGGAGGAGAGAUGGCAUACGCAUGAUAUACCAGAAGGGAGGUCAAAGUUCAUGGAUUUUGAUGAAAAUGGGAGAGAAGACCCCGCAAGGCGUAAACUUAGUCGUGUAAGAUCUAGAGGAAAGGGGGGCAGGUUUAAUGAAGGGCCUAUUGAAAAUGAACAAGUGCUGACCUCACCAGGAUCAGGUAGCCGAUUGGGACAAGGGCGGAGUAAUAGAGACAAAGGCGCAUCAAAAAGUGCGGAUGUGAAAAAAGUAUCAGAUGCUAAAAAGUACUUGGGCAGAAAUACUUCUGAUGUUUAUUCAUUGGAAAGAGCGGAUAAUGAUGACUGCUUCCAAGGAUGCAGAGUUGGAACUAAAGACAUCGCGGAUUUGGUAAAAAAGGCUGUUAGAGCUGCUGAAGCUGAAGCUAGAGCAGCCAUUGCACCUGAAGAAGCCGUUAAAGCAGCUGGUGAUGCUGCUGCUGAGGCUGUCAAAAGUGCAGCUUUGGAGGAAUUUAAGACUACAAACAAUGAAGAAGCUGCAGUUUUGGCUGCGUCCAAAACAGCUGCUACAGUUGUUGAUGCUGCCAAUGCAACUGAAGUUUCAAGGAGUGCUAAAAGUGUUGAAGCUGAUGCUGUGAAACCAAUCGCCACAGAAACAGAAACGGACACAGAAACCAAUGUGGAUGUUGAAGAAUAUUCCAUUCCUGAUGCUGAAUCCCUUGCAAAGUUGAGAGAAAAAUACUGUAUUCAAUGCCUUGAAAGUCUUGGAGAAUAUGUUGAAGUACUUGGACCUGUAUUGCAUGAAAAGGGUGUAGAUGUUUGUCUUGCAUUAUUACAAAGGAAUUCAAAAAAUUCAAAGCCAUCGGAGGUUGCAAUGCUCCUGCCUGACAUAAUGAAGCUCAUAUGUGCCCUGGCUGCUCACCGGAAAUUUGCAGCAUUAUUUGUGGAUAGAGGUGGGAUGCAGAAACUUCUCGCUGUCCCCAGAGUUGCUCAAACCUUCUUUGGUCUUUCUUCUUGCUUAUUUACCAUUGGUUCUCUCCAGGGGAUUAUGGAACGUGUUUGCGCUCUUCCCUCGGAUGUUGUACACCAGUUGGUUGAGUUAGCUCUUCAGCUUCUUGAGUGUCCACAGGAUCAGGCCAGAAAAAAUGCUGCGUUAUUUUUUUCUGCUGCUUUUGUUUUCAGAGCUGUCCUUGAUGCUUUUGAUUCUCAAGAUGGCUUACAGAAAUUACUGGGUCUUUUAAAUGACGCUGCAUCUGUAAGAUCAGGAGUAAAUUCUGGUGCAUUAGGGCUGUCUAGUGCAGGAUCAUUUCGUAAUGAGCGGUCACCUGCAGAAGUUCUGACAUCAUCAGAAAAGCAGAUAGCUUAUCAUACUUGUGUAGCUCUGCGGCAAUAUUUUAGGGCUCAUCUUCUUUUAAUUGUAGAUUCUCUUCGUCCAAAUAAGAGCAAUCGAAGUGCUGCUCGGAAUAUUUCAAGUGCAAGGGCAGCUUAUAAGCCACUUGACAUCAGUAAUGAGGCUGUGGAUGCAGUAUUUCUGCAACUUCAGAAGGACCGCAAGUUGGGUCCUGCAUUUGUAAGAACUCGAUGGCCGACAGUCGAAAAGUUCUUGGGCUUUAAUGGCCAUAUCACUAUGCUGGAACUAUGUCAGGCCCCUCCUGUUGAGCGCUAUUUGCAUGAUUUACUUCAAUAUGCAUUGGGUGUGCUUCAUAUUGUUACACUUGUACCUAGCAGCCGCAAGAUGAUUGUAAAUGCCACGUUGAGCAAUAAUCGUGUGGGAAUAGCUGUUAUUUUGGAUGCAGCUAGCGUUGCUAGUAGUUAUGUGGACCCAGAGAUCAUUCAACCAGCACUAAACGUAUUGGUCAAUCUUGUUUGUCCUCCACCUUCAAUCAGUAAUAAACCUCCUUUACUAGCUCAAGGCCAGCAGUCUGUUGCUCCACAAACCUCAAACGGUCCGAAUGUCGAGAGUAGAGAUAGAAACAUAGAGCGUAAUAUGUCGGAUCGAGCUAUGAAUGUGUCCAGCCAGAAUGAUCGUGGUGGAGACUCUGCUACUACUGAUAGAGGCAGUGCAGCAGCACAUGGUUCCCAAUCCAACAGUACCAAUGUACAAGCUCCUCCUCCCACACCAAUUUCAGGGUUGGUUGGAGAUCGUAGAAUAUCUCUAGGUGCUGGGGCAGGUUGUGCUGGUCUUGCUACGCAACUAGAACAGGGAUAUCGCCAGGCACGAGAAGCUGUCCGUGCCAAUAAUGGUAUAAAGGUUCUGCUCCAUCUCCUCCAACCACGCAUAUAUUCACCUCCUGCUGCUCUGGAUUGUCUUCGUGCACUUGCUUGCCGUGUCCUACUUGGUUUAGCUAGAGAUCAUACUAUUGCCCACAUAUUGACAAAGCUUCAGGUUGGAAAAAAGCUAUCAGAACUAAUUCGAGAUUCAGGCAGCCAAACACAUGGAACUGAGCUAGGGAGGUGGCAAGCUGAACUCUCUCAGGCAGCAAUUGAGCUAAUUGGGAUUGUGACAAACUCAGGACGUGCCAGUACAUUGGCAGCCACUGAUGCUGCUACCCCUACACUAAGGCGCAUAGAAAGAGCAGCUAUAGCUGCUGCCACUCCAAUCACUUACCAUUCCAGGGAACUUUUGCUCCUAAUUCACGAACACUUGCAGGCAUCUGGUUUGAGUGCAACAGCCUCGUUAUUGCUGAAAGAGGCGCAAUUGGCACCUUUGCCAUCAUUGGCAGGUCCUUCAUCUUUAGUGCAACAGGCUUCCACACAAGAGAGCUCCUCCACACAAUUUCAGUGGCCCUCUGGUCGUACUCCUAGUGGAUUUCUCACCAAUAAAUCAAAGCUUACUGCAGUGGAUGAGGAUACAAGUUUGAAGUGUAAUACCAACUUGUCUUUUUCAAAGAAGAAGCAUUUGCUUUUCUCACCAAGUUUUGGUUCACAGUCGAGAAAUCAGGCUCACUCGCAUGAUUCUCACCUAUCAUCAGUCAGGAAGGUCUUCAGUGCCUCAAAACAAUCCUCUGUAUCUACAAGUGUAUUAGAGCCUCCAUUAGAGUCCUCAUUGAAAUGCAGUACAGAUACAGACUGUCAGUGUAAAACACCAAUCAUGUUGCCAACGAAACGAAAGGUCUCAGAAUUAAAGGACAUUGGGUUUAUGUCUUCCUCUGGCAAACGUCUCCAUACUGGUGAGCAAGGACUUAAAUCACCUGGUUGUCCAACACCAAACACUGUCCGUAAAAGCAAUCUAUCAACAGAAGCCUUGGGUUUCUCCACUCUAACUUCUAGCUUGCUGCGAGAUCAUGGGCGUUUGACAGCAGGUUAUUGUCCAUCAGACUAUUUGGAUGAAAGUUCACAUAUUGGCAUGGUGACACCAUCCUCCUCCCAAAUUUCACUUCAAAGUGAUCCUCAGAACACUAACACGGAGCGGUUGACUCUAGACUCUCUUGUUGUUCAGUAUCUAAAGCAUCAGCAUCGCCAGUGCCCUGCUCCUAUAACCACACUUCCACCACUCUCUCUCUUACACCCACACGUUUGCCCUGAACCAAGACGCAGCGUGGAAGCCCCAGUAAAUGUAACAGCCCGGCUUGGUACGCGCGAGUUCAAAAGUAGUUACGGUGGGGUCCAUUGUAAUCGCAGAGAUCGUCAGCUUGUAUACAGCAGAUUCCGGCCAUGGCGACCUUGUCGGGAUGAUUCUGGCGCUCCUUUAACAUGCAUUACUUUUCUCAGCGACUCCUCUCAUAUUGCAGUAGGAAGCCACUCUGGAGACAUCAAAAUUUUUGAUUCAUUUAAUAACAGCAUAUUGGAGAGUUGCACGGGCCAUCAGUCUCCUGUAACAAUUGUGCAGUCCUAUCAAUCUAGUGAGACCCAGCUGCUACUUUCUUCAAGCUCCCAGGAUGUGAGGUUGUGGGAUGCAUCUGCCAUCUCAGGUGGGCCCAUGCAUCCAUUUGAAGGGUGCAAGGCUGCAAGGUUUAGCAACUCUGGUGAUGUUUUUGCAGCCCUAUCUACAGAGCGACGAGAAAUUCUCCUUUAUGAUAUUCAGAGUUGCCAAUUGGUGUCGAAACUGUCAGAUACAUCUGCCAUCUCAACAGGCCGAGGGAAUUCUUAUUCCCUCGUACACUUUAAUCCUUCAGAUACAAUGGUGUUGUGGAAUGGGGUCUUAUGGGACAGACGGGAGCCUGAUCCUGUUCAUCGCUUUGAUCAGUUUACGGAUUAUGGUGGCGGUGGCUUCCAUCCUGCUGGAAAUGAGGUCAUUAUAAAUUCUGAGGUUUGGGAUCUCCGGAAGUAUAGACUCCUUCGAAGUGUGCCUUCACUAGACCAGACAACAAUAACUUUUAACGCACGCGGUGAUGUAAUCUAUGCAAUUCUUAGGAGAAAUCAUGAGGAUGUGAUGUCAGCAUUUCACACCCGCCGGAUGAAACAUCCCCUCUUUUCUGCUUUCCGAACAGUGGAUGCAGUUAACUACUCUGACAUUGCCACAAUCCCCGUUGAUCGUUGUGUCCUUGACUUUACAACGGAGCCUACUGAUUCCUUUGUUGGGCUGAUAACAAUGGAUGACCAAGAAGAGAUGUAUGCUUCUGCUAGGGUCAAUGAGAUCGGUCGCCGAAGGCCAACCGAUGAUGACUCUGAUCCAGAUGAUGCCGAAAGUGAGGAUGACGACGACGAUGACGAUGAUGAUGAUGACAUUGACCCUAUACUUGGUCCGGGUCUUGAUGUGGAUGGUGAUAGUGAUGCUGAUGAUAUGAGUAAUGAUGACGAUGAUGACAGUAUAACCGAUCUUGAUGACGAUGAUGAUGACGGGGAUUUUAUCAUGGAUGAGAUGGAUUUUGAUGGUGGAGGUGGAAUACUGGACAUUUUGACAGAGGGCGAUGAUGAUGGAGAUGAUAGUGAAUUGAUGGAGCCCUUUAGUAGUGAUGAAGAGGAUUUUGCAGGCAACGGUUUUGGUUAUUGAAUACGAGAGGUCAUAAAUAGUUGAGGAUUUUACUAGUUGGCCAGAUAAAUGUAAUUAUUGG